CAGCAGGUUGUCUCAGAGGCAAAGGAGUCUUUCAUGCUGCAGAGGGUGGAUAUUGAAUCACUUCCAAAGUCUGAUACGGGUGUUUUCCUUGGAUUAAGCCACUUGCCUGCCUUUUUGAUUUGCUGCUAAGGUUGGCUGACACGCAUUGGCAGAUGGAGCAAUAGAUAGAGCCCUGUGUGCUGCAUCAAGAGGUGAGUUCAGGCUUCUGGCAGGCCGCCCUCUACCUGUCUACGGAGGUCCACCAACACCAGCACACCUCUACCCUCUUCCAACAUCAGCCCCCUGGCAUACUACCCACACCUGUUCCACCAAUGCUGGCGACACCAGACAGAAAUCUUCCCCAUCCCCAUAUGAUGCUGAGGUUGGCCCCUAUGGCAGCCACCGUUGUCCCCCUCCUAGGACCCUUCGGCUCCCUCCAUGGGGCCUUCCAGCCAAAGACAUGCCCUCCCCAGACAUCAAACAUUCUAGACAUGGCACCUAGACCUAGGACUGGGUCACACAAGCUGCUCCAGAAGGAUCCAAGAAGACCAGGAAGGUGGAAUACAAUGCAUGUCCGCAUUGCAUGGCAGAUCCACCACCAUAAGCUGAGAGUGAAGAAGAUGCAAGUGGACGCAAAUGCAAUCAACUUCGGUGUCAAACCGGAAUUUCUGACUCAGCCUCCUGGUUCUGACCAGAUUCAAGCCAUCCCCCAUCAGCGGGACCUUAUUCAGUACUCCACCCCACUCUCUAACCCAGAGUCACACAGUACACAUCCUUUAUUUGGAGGUUUGGGAUCACUGAGGGUCACAACCUUUGGUGGACUACCAAACCUAGCACUCAACUAUCCCAUGAUCUAUCACAAAGACAAUCUAAAUGCACCAAGUGGAGAAGAAGGAGGAACUCCUGAGUGGUGGAGCAGGCAGCAGAAGACACCCCCAUCCUCUGUAUGUCAACCUGAACGCUCUACAGAACCUGAACAACCAGGAAGAGAUUCAAUCAGGGAACCUCAGGACAGAGAAUGGGGACAGCAGCUACACCUACCCAGAGAGAAGAUGGAGGAGAAACAGUACAUAGUGGAGAAACACCAAGGCCACAAUGCUGCAGGGACUCAUGACAGUUCACCUGCUGAAGACAAGUCUGUUCCUCAGACAAUAACCUUGGAACAUGGUCAGCGGUCCAAUGGCAGCUGUAGCUGGGAGUCAGGUGACAGGAAGAGAAGGCUUGAGUGUAAGAACUACAUAAAGGUCAAGAAGAUUAAGUGGCAAAGAGAGGAUGACCAGGAGGAUUUCAAUGAAGGUCCUCAACCCACAGAGAAACCAUCCCUGGUCCCACUCACGACAACACUCACGCCAUCCUCCAUGUCGAUGCAGCACAUGACCAUAGGGAACAUUAUUCCAAGGCUCUACCCAGUAAAUAGUGUAUGUAAUCUGGCCCGGACUCAGGUUGGCACUCCUAAUAUGGGGCUCAUCCCCUACCAUGCACUUCCCUGGGACACCCCAAGAGACCCACUGUGGGAUGAAUACAGGGGUAUGGACCUCCCUGCUUCCUCCUGUCAAGAGCUGGUCAUGAGGGCUGAUCCUCUGCAUGGUGUGGUGGGGGCCAGGAUGUUGGAGGCAGCAGACUGUUCAUAUAGAGACCCUCAUCACAGCUUUCCACACCCACCCCAUCACUCCUCACUGGUCCUGAAGCAGCAGGAGAGGGCUUACCUCAUGGAAAGAGAGCGUCUGCACCUGCGCAGAGAGGAAUACUACGAGCACAGCCUCUAUUCUGCCACCAUGGGCGACCAUCUCCCCCAUCCCAGCCUCCUGACCUCCACCUAUUCCAGGUCACAUAUCUCCAGGGUGGGUCUCACCCAGAGUAGCCUCCCGAACAGAACUCUUACCCCUGGGUUUUUAAGCACACUGCCGCCUUUGGUCCCCUUCUCUCACCCCUUGUCUGGUGCUCCCCACAGAACUACCUCGUAAUGACAGAAAUUAGAAGACCCUACUCUGUGUGCUUGCUUGCUUGCCUUAGAACUAUAACUCAGUACUGCUUCAAGACAAAUUCUGCCUGUAUGACACAGAUAAAAGACAAACUACUAUGUUGAAUUACAUCCCUUAAAAACACCUGUAAAUUGAUGAACAAUGACAUUGCUCAACAACAAAGUGCGAUCCAACAUAUGAGUUCAUAAAAUAGAAAGACAAAAAAUACAAAUAACUGACAAAACUUAACAAAUGUAAAAAGAAAAAGAACUAGGUCAAAUAAAAAGCUAUAGCAUUAAUUAAAUCAGAAUAAAGGAAAAUCUAAGAUCUAUGACUUAAUGGAAAAGAGUUUCAAAAACAUCAGAAAUAUGACCUGACACCACAAAAGUUAUUUCAAAACUGCUGUCAAUGGGGUCACAUUCUGAGGCUGAACUAAAAGCGCAGACUGUAUUAAAGCGCAUACUGUAAAACACUAACAAACAAAAACACACUUUAUGAAAAUAAUACAAUCUUGUCACAUCUCAACCGGAGAUACUAACGUUUAGUCAACUUUAAUAAACAGUCCAUCCCAGGUUAAGCCCAGCCAUCAUAUAUUCAGCACAGCUGUAACAGAGAGAUUCAGUACUGUCACAUUAGUGGUCUCCAACACUGGUACGGAGAAGAUGCUGGAUCUGAUUUUUUAAUUUUUUAAAGCUAAGCGCUCAUUUCAUAAAUUAAUGACAUGGUGCGUUAGAUAUUAACGGCUGCAUUGAUUGGCUGAAAUAUUCCUAUUCAUUAAGAUACAAUUCAAGUUGGUAUCAUUACUUUAGUCUACAGAAUCAAGGUUGGAGACAACAAUGGUGGCAGCGUUAAGAAUUAACUUGGACUACUAGAAUAAGGAGGGUCAGUGUGUGUGAUUACACCACAUCCAUCCCCAGACCCCUGGCCAACUCAGUCAGGGCCCUCACAGCACCUGAGGGCCCGCAGGAGUCAGAGCCGUCCCGGGUGGCGUCGGGGUCAUCCCCCAUAUCAGACACAUUACUCAGGAUGCAGUACACAGGUGAGUCACUGCCCCUGGGGCUGGGCUGGCAUCUCCUCCCCUGCAGAGAGCUCUGAGGAAGAGGUGGAGCAAGAGGAGGAAGGGAGAGAGCCGUGACUCCUGGCUGCCCUGUUGGCAGCUCUCUUGGCUCGGCUGCUGGACCCGGGGCCCUGAUGGAGCGUCCUCUUCUGAGCCACGUUCUUCAUGAUCUCCUGAGUCACCUCUACUGUCUCGUAACGCACCAUGUUCAGCCUCAGGUAGCCAUCUACAACCACCUCCUUAUGGUAAAACUAACUAACUCAUGUUAACUCAUCACAUAAGGGAAAGAUAAAGUGUUGUUCAUACCUGAAGCGUGAGUGUCCAGAGGGCCAUUUCAGGUGGUGUUUCUUGCGCAGGUGAAGAGUGAGUGUGUAAAGUUGUCACAGAGAUGACACUUGUAUUUCGUGACCAUUCCACCCUACAGAGGAGAAUUAUGCAAGUGUCAAGUAGAGCACACCUGAUCAAAAUUCCCAAAACAUUUUUGCAAAUUAAAAAGUCUAGCUUUGACACGGAUAUUGAUUCUGUAGUUCUAUUGAGCACAGAGUGACUGUUUGGCGCCUCCUGCAGCCAGUCUGAAGUACCUAGUGUACUCUCUUGUAGUGUUGGUUCAUGGUGUGUGCCAUGUGGUAGUAGUAGUCACAGCCCUCUACAGAGCAGUGGUAGGCCGCCCCCUCAUUAUGGUUCUCCAUGUGCUUCCACAGGUCGUGCUGGUUCUUAAAGCUAGGAGACAUACAUCAUAAACAACAGAGUGUAAGCAAAAUAAUAUGUGCACAAUAUGUACAGUCCAUAAGGGUCAGCAAGUUGUGGGGACUCUGAUGAGUCUGUGGGACAACAACCUGCUCUCACAGAAGUCACAGGGAAAGGGUCGCUCGUCACAGUGGCGGAACUUGAUGUGGAUCUUCAGAGUGGCGAGAGAGGUGCAGGUCAUGUCACACAGGACACUUGAUAUGGUUCACUGAAAGGCAGGAUAGAUCACUCAUAAGGUUUACAGUGAAAGAAACUGUACACAGACAACAGCCAUCAUCAGCUAAUCAAAAUAUCUUAUUGAUAGCAAUACAACUAAAAUAAAUCUGCUUGACUAAUAGAGGUACAUGUCGAAGCCAGACAUGGAAAAUGAGCUAAAUAUGAGCUAAAUCAAGACAAAAGGAGAUGAUUGUGGACUACAGGAAAAAGAGUACAGAGCACGCCCCCAUUCUCAUCGAUGGGGCUG